UCUCCGCCGCUAACCUGAGAGCUCAAGGGCCUCAGAAACGGAGCUCAGUCACACAGCGCUCAGCAAGUGGUCUUACUGAGAAUACUGACUGACUGUUAUUAGCUAUUAUUACUUUACAAUUUCAUGGCUUCCUCUCUGAGAGUGGGCUUCCACCGACUGGAGGUCCAAAAAACCUCAUGGGAAAUUCCAGACCGCUAUACAGCAGUAAAUCCCAUUGGUUCGGGGGCUUAUGGGACAGUGUGCUCUGCUAUUGACCAGAAAACAAAGGAGAAGGUGGCCAUUAAAAAGCUAUACAGACCGUUCCAGUCUCUGAUCCAUGCAAAGCGGGCCUACAGAGAACUCAGAUUGUUACGCCACAUCCAGCAUGACAAUGUGAUCUGCCUUCUGGAUGUUUUCACUCCUGACUCCUCCCUGGACAAAUUCCAGACUUUCUACUUAGUAAUGCCAUUUUUGGCUCAGGAUCUUGACCACAUAAUGAAGAGGAGGAGGCUCACUGAAAAAGUCAUUGUCUAUUUGUUCUACCAGCUACUCAGAGGGCUGAAGUAUAUACAUUCUGCUGGGAUCAUUCAUCGGGACCUGAAGCCAAGCAACCUUGCUGUUGAUGAAAACUGUGAAUUAAAGAUAUUGGACUUUGGACUGGCGAGACAUGCAGAGAUGGAGAUGACUGGCUAUGUUGUGACACGGUGGUACAGAGCUCCUGAAAUCAUUUUCAACUGGAUGCGUUAUACUCAAACAGUUGACAUAUGGUCUGCUGGUUGCAUCCUGGCUGAGAUGAUCACCGGUGAGGUGCUUUUCCCAGGAAAUGACAGUAUGGACCAGCUGAACAUGAUCCUCCAUCUGACGGGAACGCCACACUCAUCACUGGUGCAGAAAAUGCAGAGCAAAGAUGCAAGGUCGUAUGUCCAGUCUCUCCCAGUCCAGAAAAAGAAAGUUCUCAGAGAUGUCUUCCCAUCCAUGGAUUCCAAUGCUGUGAAUUUGCUUGAGAAGACUCUGAUGUUGGACCCAGAAGUCAGACUGACAGCUAAAGACGGACUGUCUCACCCCUACCUCUCUGAGUUUCAUGACCCAGAAAACGAACCCAAUUCUCCUCCUUAUGACGACUCAUUUGAGAGCCUGGAGCUGGCUAUUAGCGAGUGGAAGAGUCUUAUACACAUGGAUAUAAUGACCUUUGACCCUGACAAUCCUAGAGAGACUGCAACAUAACACCUCAUCAGACCUGGGAAUGCAUAUGUUGCAAUAAAAGUGUGAUACAUGAAUACCUGCUUUCCUCUGUAGCUUUCCAAUACUUGUAGUUACAUUUCAGGAAAAAAAAUAAACCACUGCAUAUUCGUUGAAAGGAAUAUAUUACUUAUAAAAUUAAACACAACUCAAGAAGCCAUGAGGACAUUAAUGUGUUUGUGUAAGCUGAAGAAGCUAUGAAUAUUCAGUCAGUUGCCUUUUUUUUCUUUUUUUUUGCCAUAGAGGUGAACUUUGUAAUGUAGAUCAUCUGUUGUUAUACAGAUAUUUUCAGCUAUUUUGUGAGACACACCUAACUGGUCAGUGUUGCAGAUGUGCAAACCCAUUUCCAGAAAACUUGGGAUAUUUUCCAAAAUGCAAUAAAAACAAAAAUCUGUGAUUUGUUAAUUCACGUGAACCUUUGUUUAACUAAAAAAAAUUACAAAGAAAAGAUUUUCGGUAGUUUUACUGACCAACUUAAUUGCAUUUUGUAAACAUAAAUGGAGUUAGGAUGUGAUGCCUGCAACACACUCAAAAACGUUGGGACAGAGGCAUUAUUACCAUUGUAUUACAUCACCUUUCCUUUUAAUAGCACUUUUUAAUCAUAUGGGAUCUGAGGAUAUGAAUUCUUGCAGUUUUUCAGUAGGAAUUUUUGUCCAUUCUUUCUUGAUACAAGACUUUAGCUGUACAGUCUGUGGUCACUGUUGUCUGAUUCUCCUCUUCAUGAUGUGCCAUACAUUCUCAAUAGGAGACACAAUGGACUGGCAGCAGGUCAGUCAAGCACAUGUACUCUGUGUCUGCAAAGCCAUGCUGCUGUAGCCUGUGCAGAAUGAGGCCUGGCAUUGUCCUACUCAAAUAAGCAUGGACUUCCCGGGAAGAGUCGUCACCUUGAUGGCAACAUAUGUCUCUCUAAAAUCCCAGUCAAUGCCUCUGUGUCAAUGGUACCUUCACACACAUGCAACUCACCCAUGCCAUGGGCACUGAUGCCCCCCAUACCAUCACAGAUGCUGGCUUUUGCACUUUUGCUCUGAUAACAAACUGGAUGGUCAUAUUCACCUUUUGCACUGAGAACUUAAUAUCCGGUUUUCCUGAAAACAAGUUGAAAUGUGGACUUACCUGACCACAGCACACGUUUCCACUGUCUUUUGGUCCAUCUGAGAGGAGUUUGGGCCCAGAGAAAUCAGCGGCGUUUCUGUAUAGAAUUGAUGAAUGGCUUCCUCCUUGCAUAAUACAGUUUCAGGUUGCAUUUCUGGUUGCAGCAGUGAACUCGUAUUUUGUACUUGUAUUUUGUUAAUUCAAUAAAGGUUCACAUGGAUUAACAAAUCACAGAUUUUUGUUUUUAUUGCAUUUUAGAAAAUAUCCCAACUUUUCUGGAAAUGGGGUUCGUACAGUUAGAGACUACAGCUCAUCUUUCCCAUGCACAGUUUGUGUAAAUCAUCCUGUAGUCCUUCAUCGUUGUCAACCCAAUACUGACACUGAGGUGUUUAAAAAUGCCAGCAUCACUGCAGCAUGUAUAUAUAUCUAUACCUACUAGUGCAUAUACUUUAAUAGAGUAAUUAUUGUAUGUUAUACUUCUUUGAUAUCGUAUCUCAUAUUGUAAAUAGUUGCAAUUAUCCUAUUCAUUAUAAUUUUGUAUUUUAUUUUGUAUUGGGGCACCUGGGAGAACAGCUAUGCUGAAGGGUGUCACCUGUAUAAAUAAAGAUUAUUGUUGUUGUU